AUGGUGCGCGUUGGGCUUCUUUUCAUACUAGCAGCGCUAUGUCUGCUAUACGACACAGCAGCGGCCCAGUCUCUGGGUUCAGUUUUGACGGAUGCGCCCAAGUGUGCAACGGACUGCUUAUUCAAUGUUCUUGCCAGGAAAGAGUUCGUGGGGAAGAAUCAGACAGUGAUUUGCACCGACAAACAGUUCGCCAACGCGAUAGGCGAUUGUCUAACGGCAAAGUGCACCAUGAGACAGACGAUGGAUUUUAUCAAAAUGUCAGCUGCAGUGUGCGGAAUACGCCCGACCAAUGACCAAACGAAAUAUCGAGUAGUGACAAUCAUUAUGGCUGCGUUGGCUAUUGUGUUUUUUACUCUAAGAAUAACAGCUAAAGUUGUGCUAUCACUCCCAUGGGGACUAGACGAUACACUGACAGUUCUAUCAGUCGUCUUUAUGAUUCCGUUCCUCGUAUUAUUGCAAAUAUCGAUCACACUAGGCCUCGGCCUUGACAUGUGGUAUCUAUCAGAUUACCAGAUCACGGCAGCUUUCCAGUAUUUUAUUUUUGUCGAAGUCUUUUACGUCAUCGGGCUAGUACUUGUCAAAGCAGCUGUGCUGUGCUUCUUUCUCCGUAUAUUCCCCGACAACAAGUUCAGAGUAGUCGUCAAAUGCACACUUGCCUUCAACUUCUUGAUGGGCAUCACCUUCUUCGUUAUGGUCUUCUUCCAGACACGACCUCUUUCCCUUUUCUGGGAAGGCUGGCAAAAGAAGCAAGCACACCUUGUCAUGUCGGGCAUCACCAAAUUGACGCUGCCGCACGCGGGCUUGAGUCUCUUGGUUGAUGUCUGGAUGCUUAUUCUGCCGCUUACGCAGCUGUGGGGGCUAGGAUUGAAGCUGAAAAAGAAGCUGGGCGUUAUUGCCAUGUUUAGUGUUGGUAUCUUUCUUACGGUCGUUGCUGCGAUUCGCAUUAGUGAAUUGGUAUUGUUUGCAAGCUCAGCAGAUCUGACAGUUCUCAACGCACAAAAAGCUAUCAUCUGGUCGAGCAUCGAGAUAUGUGUGGGUAUUAUGGUCGCCUGCAUGCCUCACAUCCACCAUCUCGUCCGGCACAUCAUGUCACGAAUCAGAAAAACCAACGGAGAGAUGGAAGAUAGCAACCGAGGAGUGUUUGUUGAUCGAUCUCUUGCAAGAAUUACGAUGGACAAUGCGACAGGUACAACGGGCCCGCAGCUGCACGAUGAGGGAGGACUUCUUGAGAAGAACAUCGCGGCGUCAGCUACGACAGAGAGUAGAAAUACUGGGUCACUGGGUUAUUCAAGUGAUGCAGAAACCCAAGUAUAG